AUGGAUAAUCUCACAAUAGACUCAUUCUUAUUGUUAAACAAUACCAAUGACACAUGUCCUGCACCUCUUUUAUGGACUCAAGCUAUUGUUGAAGAUGAAAAAGCUGCACUUGCCAUUUGUAUUAUUGCUUCAGUUAUUCAUGCAAUAUUUUGGUUUCAAUUGAUUUUUUCUUCAUCCAUUCGACAAAAAUCAAUGCAAUGGAUCUAUGCCUAUCUUCUUACUGACAUUUUUCUUCUUUUUCGCUUUUACUUUUCUUACACACUUCAUACAACCUACACUGAAUGUCAUCCAAGCAGAUCACGAAUUGUAUUUAUCUGCUAUCUUGAAGCAAUACUUGAUAAUUAUUUUAAUAUACUUAAAGUAUACAUUCUAUUUGUUUUGAAUGUAUGUCGUUAUGUACAAAUAGUAUACAAUCAAAAUGUAUAUGAAGUCCAUAAGUAUCUACUAAUCUUAGCUCAUGUCCUUAUCUAUGUAAUUCCAUUAAUUGUUUACAUUGCUCCAUGUAUUCUUGGUUGGACUGAUGCAGGUGGAUUUAUUAGAGAUACUUGUGUAAUAUUUUAUGCAAAUACUUAUAUUCAAAUAUUUAAUACAAUUUUUGCAUUUGCAUUACCUAUUUUUCUUAAUAUCUUAGUCAUUUAUUCUAGUAUCCGUCAUGUUCGUAUAAAAGCAGCUUUACAAAAAUCUCAACAUUAUGUUUCAGCUCGUGAAAAGUUGAAUCGUUCAUUAGUCAUUCAAUUUGUUUGUUUUUAUACUGUUUGGGGUGGACUUUGGUCACCAAAUAUUAUUGUUUAUCAAGCAUCAAUUAAUGAGAAGAAUCUAAUUUAUAUUGUUGGUCUACUUAAUUAUAUCGAUGUAGCAAUAGAUCCAAUAAUUGUUGCAGCAUUAGACUUUCGUCUUUGGCAUGCAUGGCGAAAACACAUAAUUCGUGUAAAAAGAACUGUACUCUUCCAAAAAAUCAGUCAUGGACGAGUUAAACCUUCAACAGCAAAUGUCAAUACAAUUUCGGCUAGAACUCCACGACAAAAGACAACUACUAUGUAA